UGAUUUCCAAGCCCCACACGAAUAGCAAGGUUUUCACAGGAUAAUGUGUGAAUGUGGGAGCGCAGAGGCAGAGGGGAGCCAGCAGCCCGCGCAGCAGCCGUGGCAAGCCGGCUCUCUGAACACGAUGUCCACACCUCCUGCCAGCAAUGGCGUGUUUGUCGUCAUCCCGCCCAGCAACGCCAGCGGCCUCCGCCCACCUCCCGCCAUCCUGCCCACCUCCAUGUGCCAACCUCCAGGGAUCAUGCAAUUCGAAGAGUCGCCGCUGGGGGCGCAGGCGCCCAGGGCCACCCAGCCACCUGACCUUAGACCAAUAGAGACCUUCUUGACUGGAGAGCCCAAGGCUUUAGGGACGGUGCAGAUCUUGAUCGGCCUCAUCCACCUUGGCUUUGGCAGCGUCCUGCUCAUGGUCCGCCGAGGCCACCUGGGGAUGCUCUUCAUUGAAGGUGGCGUCCCCUUCUGGGGAGGAGCUUGCUUCAUCAUCUCUGGGUCCCUCUCGGUAGCAGCUGAGAAAAACCACACCAGUUGCCUGGUGAGGAGCAGCCUAGGGACCAACAUCCUCAGUGCCGUGGCAGCCUUCGCUGGGACAGCCAUUCUUCUCAUGGACUUCGGUGUCACUAACUGGGAUGUGGGCAGGGGCUACCUUGCUGUGUUGACCAUCUUCACCAUCCUGGAGUUCUUCAUCGCUGUCAUCGCCACCCACUUUGGGUGCCAAGCCACCCGCGCCCACACUAACGCAUCUGUGAUUUUCCUACCCAACGCCUUCGGCACGGAUUUCAACAUCCCCAGCCCGGCAGUCUCUCCACCCCCUGCCUAUGACAAUGUGGCAUAUAUGCCCAAGGAGUCAUCGGAGUAGAAGAUCGCAGCUCCUCUUCUCCAGGACAGAAGGUUGCAGAGGAGACUGACUGACUCUUGGACCCAGGUCAUCAACAACAGGUGCACAGAGAAAGUCGCCUCACUGACCCUCCUGAAUCCAUACCCCAACCCUGCCUGAAAAGCAAAGGUGUCCCUGAGAGUUACCAUGGGAACAGAGCUGGGUCCCAACAGGAAGAAGACACCUUCAGUCCAGUGUUUGUAGGCCCUGGCAUAUGGCUUGUUCCAUCCAUACUAUGGAGAAAAAUAAACAGCGUGGCUUGGAUUUUGA